AUGAUUACGCAACCGUACACACAAAUUGAACUGUUGAGCGCCAAUGGCACGGUGUUACGCCGCGUGUCAACUGCACCCCGUAGAUUGCCAACCGAUGAUGAAAUUCCAGUCAUUGAUUUAGCGCCCAUCGAUGGCAGUCUGGAGGAAAGAAAAGCCUUGGCUUCCAGGAUCAAAGCCGCGUCUGAGAAUACUGGCUUCUUUUAUAUCCGUAAUCAUGGGGUCCCUGGGGAACUAAUUCAGAACUCCCUGAUGCAAGCAAAGACCUUCUUCAACCAGCCACUAAGUGAGAAGAUGAAUAUUGAUUUUAGUGCCUCAAAGGUUUCAGCUGGCUACCACGAAGUGGGGAGCACGCAGGUCAAUCAUCUCAAGGAGACUUUCUCUAUGCGAUACGACUCAAGAAUUGAUCCAACCUGCACCGACCCUAACAGUGCAUUGGAACAAGGCCGGUCUCGUAACGAUGAUGACUAUAUCUGGAAGGGAACUAGCCGUCUUCCAGGAUUUCGGGAAGUGACAGUUUCCUUCUGGGAGAGUCGCUUGACAUUAGCCCGAAAAUUGGUCCGCAUUUUUGCUCUCGCGCUCGGCGAACGUGAAGACUACUUUGACGAUAUCACCACUCAUCCAGGCGCAGAUGCACUCUAUAUCCACUAUCCGGGGAUACCGGAUGUCGCAGCGGACUCAGAUAUUGACGUCGGCAUUGGAUCCCACACUGACAUCCAAUGCUUCACCCUGCUCUGGCAGGACAACUCCGGUGGCUUGCAGGUAUUGUCGGCUCAGGAUGAGUGGCUUGACGCCCGCCCAAUUGAAGGAACACUGGUAGUCAACAUUGGGGACUUUCUUCAACGCCUCUCGAACAAUAGGUUUAAAUCUACGGUCCACAGGGUAUAUAACCGUCAGCCGGACUCGCGCUAUUCGAUACCGUUUUUCUGUGGGUUCAACCCCGAGGCGGUCUGCAAGGUUGUUCCAUCCUGCGUAGAUGAUGAGCAUCCGCCUCUGUACAGGCCAAUUUCAUGCGGUGAUGUAUGUUAUGAGUACUCUGAUCAGUUUGGACUUUUGCUAAGCCUAGUAGUGGCAUCGAGUGCGAUUAGCACGUUCUAG